AUUGGAAUAGCCAUGUCACCUUUAAGUAAUAAUUCCUUAUUUUUGGAUUAUCAUCGUAAUCCAUUGAAUGAUUUUCUAUCACGUGGUCUAUUCGUCAGUCUUAGCACGGAUGAUCCUUUACAAUUUCAUUUUACCAAAGAACCAUUAAUUGAAGAAUAUAGUAUAGCUGCACAAGUAUGGAAAUUCACAUCUACCGAUAUGUGUGAAUUAGCACGUAAUAGUGUAUUAAUGAGUGGUUUCUCUCCUUUGGUAGGUUAA